AUGACGCAGGAUCACAAGAAGCACACCUUCCCCCAAUUCGACGUCGUUUCGGAUUUCUCAGAUCAUCACUAUCUAUAUCAUAAUUCGGCUCCGUCGAAGCUGAAAGCGGGGAAUUCCUGCUUCAAGGUGAUCAGUAAGGAGUGGCGGAUCCUCCAGGAGAAUCUACCCGAAUCCAUUUUCGUUCGGGUCUCCGAGACCCGCUUCGAUUUACUCCGUGCCGCCAUCGUCGGUGCCGCCGGCACACCCUACCAUGACGGUGUGUUUGUCUUCGACAUCGCCGUCAUGGCCACUUACCCUGAAGAACCUCCCAAGGUUCAUUACCGCUCAUACGGUCACCGGAUUAACCCGAAUCUCUACAGCGACGGCAGCGUCUGCCUGAGCCUCCUCAACACAUGGAUGGGCCGCCGGAGUGAGCGGUGGAACCCGAAACAGUCGACAUUAUUGCAGGUGCUGCUAUCUCUCCAAAGUCUCGUCCUCAACGAAAAACCCUACUUCAACGAGCCUGGAAGAAAAUACUUUGGGACUGAAAAAUCGUCGGAGUAUUACAAUCAGGAAGCGUUCUUUGUCACCUGUACUACCACUCUCAACUUGAUUCGGAAUCCUCCGAGGAACUUCGAACCCUUGAUUAACCACCAUUUUCGCGAGCGAGCAAAUGCGAUUCUGGCGGCGUGUGAGGCGUACGUGAACGGGCGCGUGGCGGCCGGGCUUUACGGCUGUGACGAGUCGGCUCCGCCGAGGUUUGAAAUCCGGAGGCAGUUUCAGCUGGAUAUGGAAUAUGUGUAUCCUCAGCUCGUUGCAGAGUUCCGACGGAUAGGGGCUACUGUGCCGCUCGCCAACCAACAUUUGUGUGUGAUACGGAACCCGCCGAUAAUUUUGGACAAGCGAAAGAGGGAAGGAGUUUUCAAGAAGUUGAUUGGGAAGAUAAAAAAUGUUUUGGGAUUGAAGAAGAACAGAAGUGAGAAAAAGGCAAGUUUUGAAGAAUAAAUUUGUUAGUUAGUUAAUCUCUUUUUCCCCUGCUAUAAUCAAUCAAUUUUUGCUUCGAGGAUGCAAUUUUUUUUUCGUAGAGAUUUUUGUUUUUGCCCACAUUCUGGAGAUAUUUUUUUGAUAGCACUGGGUUCCCAGGUAUGACAUGCAUUACUUGAAUUAGGUUUCACUUGAGCAGCAACCAAAUGAAACCCAUAUCAGAUCUUAUUUAACGAGGAAUUUGAGUGUUUCAAUAAAAACUGGACACGAUUACCUUAAAACCAAAACAUUACAAGCAAGAAACCAAAAUCAAAGCAAAAACUACCUGAGGAACUUCCUUCAUCAUCGUUCACGGCCUAUUGGAUAAGUAGGAGGAGGUGAUCAAGGAUACAAA